AUGACUAUUAUAUUUUAUUAUACUUAUCAUUUAAAUUCUGAUGUUGGAUCAUGUUUAACACGAACUUUACUUAACUACGAGUUAGUAGUCACAAAAAUUUUGACACAAGUUUUCAUUAAAGCAACACAAGCCGGUGAAUUUCAAACCACUUAUUCCGUAAGUUGGUUACAUUUAUGGUCUUUCAUUCAUUGGCACAUCCAUGAAAAAAAUUCACAGAAUGGGGGUAUCAGUUAUGAAAAAUAUAACACGUACACUCAAAUCUAAAGCUAACUCUACGCGCCUCAUACAUACACAUCCGCUAAUAUCCUCGAUUGGGGAUGUGGAUGGGUGUGGUUGUGGAUGUGGAGUGGAUGUAGAUAGGCAGUCUGAGUGUGGGUGAAUAGAAAAAUGACACCCACACCCAGACCCUCUUUUUCAAAACACCUAAAUCAUAGACUGAUUGCCAGUGCAAUGAAAUUUUUAGGAACGUUAAUAGAGUUAUAUCUGGUAUAUGGUAAGUAGACUUGCUAUCAACAUUGUACGAAAGCUACCCACUAUUUCGACGCAAACAUAAUCAAACAAUUAUAUACUUAAUCAGCAUCUUACUUUGUCUGCAUUUUAUUAUCUCUAAUUACUACUCUCAAUGUAUUUGCUAUAAAUAAUAAGUGGGAAAUUCAAAUACAUCUAGAAUAUGCUAAAGUAUUAAAUAAUUAUUUGAUCUUGCUUUGAUAAGAUAUCUUACUAUUAGAGAGAGCUAAUAGAUAAUAUAUCAAAUGUACUGAGACGAAUUUUUACUAAAUAGAAUGAUUAGAUGCGUUUUCAGCGUUUUCUGGAAAUUCGAUUACGUAGAUAUAAUAGAUAUAGGAGAUAUUUGACAAAUGCAAGACAUCCUCGACAUAAAUCGUUUGCUUACAUAGUAUCUCUGAUAAUUCGCGCCAAUGUACAGACAUAUCACUCUUGACAGCGAGGCACAUCGGUGUGGGUGCCUUAGUGUUAGACACAAGAACAGAUACAUUCACAAAGACUCAGACUCAGACCCACACCAUGCGAUGUCCUGUGCGUGUAUGUUUAUCUUUGAGUCGACGUCUUGGUUAGUCCUGUCGUUGCUUCCACACCAGCUGCGACGUGGUGCGCGUGUCUUUAUGUUUCAGUUGCUGCCUUGGUCACUCCUUUCGGCGAACCCACACCAGGUGAGAUGUGAGGUGUGGGUGUAUUUCUGAUUGAGUUCCUCUCAUGGUUAGUGCUUUAGCAGAACCCAACACAAGCUGUGAUGUAGUGCAUCUGUUUGUGCUUGAGAUCUUGCCUCGAUCAGCCGUUUCGUGAAACCCAUAUCACCUGUGAUGUGGUAUUUCUAUGUUUCUGUUCUAGCGGUCCCCUCAAUCAUUCGUUUCGCGGGACCAACGUCGUCGCCGAUGUGGUGCCUAUAUUGCAGCUGGACUUGUGGUCUCGUUCAUUCUUUUCACACGAUCCAUACCAUCAUCUAUGUGAUAUAUGUGUUUGAGUUGAACUUGCCAUCUCAGUCAGUCCUUUCCUGCAACUGCCACUUGCCGCAACAUGGCCCAUGUGUGUUGGCAUUUCAGUUGUUCUUCUCUGUCAGUUCUUUCAUGAUACCUAUGCUACGCGCGACGCGGUUGACGUAUUUGUGUGUAAGUUGUGGUCUGUAUCAGUACUUUCGCGAAACUACCAUCAGUUAAGAUGUGGUGCGUGCGUGUUUCAAUUAGAGUUGUCGUGUCGAUCACUACUUUCAUCGCAUCCAUAACAGCUACUGUGUGAUGUGUGUUUGUGCCUGAGUUGUUCGCUCGGUGAGCCCUUUCGUCGCACUCACACCAGCUGCAGUGUGAUAUAUGUGUGUUUCUGUUCGAACUGUCAUCUCGAACACUCCUUUCGCAAAGUCCAUACCAGGUGCGAUGUGAUAUGUAUGCUUGUGUUUACCUUACUCUCACGGCCAGGCCAUCGGCGGCACCCACACCAGCUGUGAUCUGCUGUGUGUCGUCUUUGUAAUUAUGCUCUGCUCACAGUUAGUCCUUUCACGCCACCCAUACCAGCAGCAAAGUACUGUAUGUCUUUGUGUGUUAGUUAUCGUCUCGAUCACCCCUUUCGCAUAUAUGUAAAAGUUGAAACUCGAAUCCAAUUAAGUUUUGAAGUUUCAGGUUUCAACUGUUAAGAUGAAUUCGACUGCUUGAUGUGAGGGUGUGGGGAAAGAAGUCAUAGCACGUCUCUCGAUGUGGGUGCGGAAAAAAGACCAUAUGAUGCGUUUUUAGCGUUUCCUGGACACUUGAAUGAAUACCAGCACAUCAGAUACACAGAUAAAGACAUAGGACAUAUAGAGAUAUAGAGAUAUACGAGAUACAGAAGGCACAGGAAUCACCAACUAAGAACGUCGGAAAAACAAACUUUUGUGAAAAAAACUCUUCGAGCAAAAUUUCCUUACCUUCGAAUCUUGAAAAAAGAUGAUUUUGAAGUGCAGCCGAAUUCGCGGAUAUCUUGACAGUGUACUUCACCAACUAUUGCAGACGUAUCCAAUCACAUCGAAAUCUUUCCCUCUCCAAACGCUUAGUGUCAAACAAUUCUCAAAAAGUCUGCGUACUCCAAUAUGCCCCGCCCUUGUCAAGGGUGUGGGUGCAUAUAUUCUUUUCACCCACACCCACACCCACACCCAACGGUGGAAAAGCUUCUGGUCGUAAACUAAUCUGCAUAGAUGAAGUUCAGAAUUAGUCUGUCAGAUCAAUACGUGAUAAUACAGACGAAACGUUUCCAACCAUAGCAAAAUCUGUAACAGUACGGAUAGAAAUCUUUGAUUCACUUAGUGAUGUAACGGAGUUAGAGGGACAACCUUCACCACUGACACUAAUGUGAAACAUCAAGAGUCAAUCACUUCGGGACACGGAGCAAUGCGUCAAACUCUUAGCGAAACUAUUUUGUCUCAAAUGGCUAUCAGCGGACCUCAGGCCGAAAAACUUGGAGCUGCGUAGUCCUGCUUCGAAGUCACAGUGCUAGAUUCCAACCCUUCCGCCAAUUUGUCAAACUGAUGGUAAAACCUUAGAGCCGCAGAGCAGUCCAUAGAAAUCAGCCCAUAAAGCUUCGGAUAAUAGAGAAAUCUGCAUGGAUGGAUGUGAGUGUGAGUGUGAGUGUCAAUGGAAAGAAAAAACAGCCAUACCCACACCCUCACCAACACUCACCCACAUGCACAUCCGCACUCACAACACCCACACACCCACAACAAAAUCCACACAUCCAUACAUGCCUACAUCCACACACGCAUACUCGAAAAACUUUUGGAUGCAUGGCCGUGCUUUAAAGUCAGUGUAC